UACAAGUAUAUAACUACUUAUUCUUAUUAAUUAUUUAAAAAAUGCCCAGAAUGGAUGACCUCCCUUCAGAGAUAGUUCUGAAUAUUACUUCAUACCUAGAGCCUUCGGACAUCGUCAAACUGCAAUUUGUUUCCAAACGAUACCUGGAAUUAGGUCGCGAUGAUACACUGUGGCGAGAACAAUGUUUUACCCAUUCUUUCUUUCUCGAAAGACUUCGCAGACGUCAAGAAUUAAUAUCUACAGAGUCAGAGGACGAGUCAGGUAUGCGGGAUUUAGCCAUAGCUCUUGCUACGAACAAUGGAACAGGCGAUUCGAGACUACACAAACCUCGUCAUGAAGCUCGCGACCUCAAAGCUCAAUCCAAUGAGCGAGUGAGGAUAUUGGCGAAUUGGGAUCCGAGUUAUCCGACUGAGAAGGUUAAAUGGUAUGAUGAGUACAUAGCGAGAAAUGCGCCAAUUUCAACAAGCUGGGUGCAACAGCCUCGACAUCGCGAAAGUGCUAGUCAUGAACACUUGGAGGUACGAGGAAUGGCGUUAUAUACACCCAUGGGAGAAACUAAAACCACGAUGGUGGUUGCACCUCUUGAUGAUGGUUCCAUUUGUAUCUGGGAUAUCAGUACUGAUGCUCCCAAAAAGGGUAGCAUUAUUGCAAGAAGCAAGUCAGGGAUUUUGUCGGUGGAUGAGAAUCCAAAAGAUCUAAAGUCAAGAUCAAAGAUGAUAAGUACCGGUGUCACAGAAUGUAUUAGUGUUGACAGUACUUUAAAGAGAGCCUAUGUUGCUGUUCAAAGUGGUCUUGUCGAAGUUGAUCUUGAGACCUUACAGACAGUCAAUCAUGAAAGAUAUCCGUUUUCUAUCACUGCUCUUUCCGAGGCAAAACAUCCAACACCUCUCACUGUAGGAACCAAUCUAUCUCUCUACCUUCAUGAUUCUCGUCAAAGAACAAAUGUUGGAUCGCCCAGCCAGGCUGAGCAACUUGAUUCUUUUAGCGGCACAUCUGGCUCUGCUAGCGAUCAUUUUAGUUUCAAAAGCUUGCUAGAUCCAGAACCAAGCGCCGAGUACGCCCAUCUGUACCAGCCGGGCCCACUCAGUAUUGUCCAUCUACCCAGUGCAGGAAGUGAAUGGAAUGGUAAUGGAGAUAUAUACGUUGCUGGUCGAUUUCCUAGCAUUCUCAACUAUGAUCGUAGAAAUUUUCCUAAGCUCCGCGGGACGAUCCAUUCUGGCGCACGCUUAUCUCAAAUUGCUAGUCUUCCAUAUCCUUUUGCUUCAAUGGAGAAAGACCUCGCCCGCCGGGGUGAAUUGUCUGUCGAGCAAGUAUGGCAAGCAAAGACUAGACCAGGGAAAACGUUGAUUGCUUGCGGUGAGUAUAACAGCAAAGGCUCUUUGGAGAUGUACGGUCUAUCACCUGACCCGAAUCUCUCCAACAUAUCUUCCCAAAUUUCUGCCGGGCGCCUGCAAGAUUCUACCAUGAAGAAUCGUCAAACAUCAUCCAGCUCAAAACUCUUAUCUGUUGCCAAUCAUGGUACCCGCAUUGUUGUUUCUGACGGCGGGGGCAAUCUAAAAUGGUUUGAGAGGGAUGGAUUUACCGAGUCACGAAGAUGGAAUAUUUCUCACGGUUCUGUUGCAGCCCCGAGAGGCAUAUUUGGCACAUUGGGCGAUUCUUACAUGGAUUCUGGAUCUGGAGACAUUGCGCUCAAGAUUUUGACAACUGACUCUGGGCUCCAUGAUCGAUCGGUCAACGAAAAUGAUCUUGUUUUGUGGACGGGAGACAAAAUAGGGCUAUUGAAUUUCUCUAACAAACCUGGGUUCACGGCCGACUCUUUUGAAGAAACCCCUAAGACUGCUGAGGAGGCUCUGCGAGAAAAGGAAGAGCAUACCCAUUCGGAAACUAUGAGAAGAGCAUUGGAGAUGCAGGCGAACGAGGUCAGGUACGUGAAAGGUUUAGGAAUGGGAUUUGUGUAACUUCUUUAGCUGGUUACUCUCCCCAAGUAUUUUCCCAAUGCAUGUUCACACCCAAGCCGGACAUUUGAGACGUAGUCAGGGUCAAUGGUCUGUACAUUCUUGCUGCACAACAAUGGAAUAGCCAUUGUACAUACAGAUUAUCCUCGAUUUUUAGACCAUUUGAUAUGGUCAGCCGAUAUUCUGCCAGCACAACAGGGAAUCCGCGAUACCCCCUGUGACACAGGCUAAGUUCCCAGGACCACAUUUUUGUGAAAUGUUGACCACAGAAGGCUCUAUUUACUACAAGGUAAAAGAUUGACAGUAUUUGUAUGCCGAUCGGAGAAUAAGGCUGUACGAUUCCACGCAUCCUCGUUCAACGAAACUUAAUCUCAUUCAAAUUGGUGAGAUGAAGGUACAUUUAUACUAAUCGAGUAACGCUGGGGCCGCUGGGGUAGUCCUUGAUGAAUUUUUAAUGGAAUCGGAUAUCAAGCAUCCCCGUCUUGGUAUUCCAUGUAGCAAUCGAAGAUUCUGGACCAGUUGAGACAUUUUGGGACGAAGAUCAUGUACCUUACAACCUUAAGAUCUUUCGGGUCAUUUUUGUAGGAAUUUGAGUGGUAGCCUUGUUACUUCAGAUAUGCGGUAGAAAGGUUAUACAUUUGUAUACGUUAAACUUAUUGGACUGUUGUGACUAGCUUCUCACUUCGUACUCACAUAUCAAUUUUCACAGGGCGGUACAACUUGAUCAUCCAUUCUAAGAGGAUUGAUCUGAAAUGUGCGGCAAUCUCGCAAUUAAAUGGAUAU